AUGGAGCCGCGGCUGGUGGGGCCCGGGCCGUACCGCGCCACCCGCCUGUGGAACGAGAUAAUCGAGCUCUUCCGUGCUGGGAUGCCCUUACGGAAGCAUCGCUGUCGUUUCAAGAGCUACGAGCGAUGCUUCAAAGCCUCGGAGGCAGUGGAAUGUUUGCAUGAGCUGCUUGGCUCUAACCAAAACUUUGGCCCAGAAGUGACUCGCGAUCAAACGGUGAAGCUGCUUAAAAAAUUCCUGAAAAAUCAUGUAAUCGAAGAUAUUAAAGGAAGGUGGGGCAAAGAGGACUUUGAAGACGAUGGCCGUUUAUAUAGAUUUCCUCCUUCCUCGCCACUGAAGUCAUAUCCAAAGAAACCUUCAUGUGGAAAGGAAGUAAUUAAAUUUCCAGACUGGAAUGAACCAAGGGCUGGCCCUUCUCAAGAACCCAUCCCAGUGAAAUCCGUCACAAUGAACUCUGAGAUGUGGUACAAGCGACACAGCAUAGCUAUUGGGGAAGUACCAGCAUGCAAACUUGUGUUCCGCAGAGAACUAACACAAAAAAAUAUAGAAGAGAUAUGGAAAUCCAUGACUUUAUCACGAUUACAAAAGGUGUUGGGUUUGGAUUCUCUGGAUGAAGUGUUAGACACAAAACUUGUGAAUUCAAAACAUAUAGUUCAAAAUGUAUAUAAUGUCAAUAAGCAAGGCAUUGUCACUUUAGAGGACAAAUCAAAGGAACUACCUCAUUGGAUAUUAUCUGCAAUGAAAUGUCUAGUAAAUUGGCCCAGCUGUUCAGAUCUGAAGCAGCCUACGUACUCAGGCUUUGAAAGAGAUGUCUUCAAAACAAUAGUGGACUACUUUAGCCAGAUGAAAGAACCUCUUCUCACAUUUAAUUUUUUUGAUAUUUUUGUUAGUGUGUUAGGACUGCUGCAAAAACCCAGCAAGGCUGUAGAAGCUCUUCAGAUAUCUUGCCUCCUACUGCCACCAGAAAAUAGGAAAAGACUACAGCUUUUGGUGAGAAUGAUGGCAAGAAUUAGUCUAAACCAGGAUUUGCCACGUCUUUCUGAAUCAGUGAGGACCAGAACUUUGAUGGUUCAGGCGUUUUCCCGUUGUAUUCUCUGCUCAAAGGAUGAAAUUGACUUGGAUGAACUUCUUGCUGCUAAACUAGUAUCUUUUCUCAUGGAUAAUUAUCAAGAGAUCUUAAGUGUUCCUUCUGCUUUAAAGUCUUCCAUAGAGGAUCAUGUUGUACAUCUUCAGAGAGUCCAAAUAAAAUAUGCUGGGGCUGAUAGUGAUGCAACACUUCCUCCUCCAUCAUUUUGUCACCAAAUCACUACAGGUGAAUUUGAAUACCAAAGGGCAGCUGGCUCUCAAGAACCACUGGCAGCUUUGUUGGAAGAAAUUGUAAUGAGUAAAGAAAUAUCUGUGAAGGAUAAAAAGAAGAAGCUCAAGCAAUUUCAGAAAUCUUACCCUGAAGUGUACAGAGUACGAUUUCCUAGCCCUGAAACUGAAGCGAUGCUAUUUCCUGAAAAAACUAAACAGAAACCACCAAUACUGAUGUGGGCCUUAAAAAAGCCUUUUCAACCGUUUCACAGAACCAGAAGCUUUCGGAUGUAAAUGGUUUGAAAUAUAUCAGCAAAGG